AUGGGCAACUGCUCAACUUUUCCUCUGGACAGGUUUUGAUAAAUAUCCCCCUAUAUUCAGCUGUCUUUGUCCAACUCAUAGAGUUGAAUGAAGUAGCAGUGUGUAUGUGUGCCAGCACUCUGUUGCUAUGAAAGCUUCCAGCGGUCCAGUAAAUCAAGAAUACAAAGGUUUCCGAAGGCAGAAAUGGACCAAGAUGCACUUGAUGUGAAUAAUAUAAGCUUUGAACAUAAAGGCGCAUACUUUGCAUCUUGGCUUACAUCCAAACAAGUCAUAGAUGCUAUAGAGGAUAUGGAAGUUAGGGAGGAUGAUGUAUUUCUUGUCACAUACCCAAAAUCAGGCACAGUUUGGACACAGCAAAUUCUAAGCCUAAUAUUUAAUGAAGGCCAUCGAAAUGGAACAGAACAAACUGAGAAUAUAGAUAGAAUGCCAUGGAUUGAAUAUAACAUUAAGAAUGUUGACUUUACAAGCCGUCCAUCUCCUCGUCUCUUUACCUCUCACCUGCCUCAUUACCUGAUGCCAAGUGGUCUGAGGUCCGGGAUGGGAAAAAUUGUUUAUGUGUGUCGAAACCCAAAAGAUGUGUUGGUGUCCUGUUACUACUUUGUCAACACUCUUGCACCCCUGAAACAUCCAGUAAAUUGGGAAACAACUAUAGAGCUCUUCAUGGCAGGGACAGUUAUAGGUGGUUCCUGGUUUGAUCAUAUCAGAGGCUGGUACACGCAUAAAAAAGAUUUCAACAUACUUUUUGUGACCUUUGAAGAAAUGAAAAAGGACCUUCGAUCUGCUGUGAAGAAAAUCUGUACAUUUGUGGGCGUAAACCUCGAUGAGAAAGAAAUAGACACCGUGGUGGAAAAAGCAACCUUUAAGAACAUGAAACAUGAUCCUGUUUCGAAUUAUAAAUUUCUUUCAGAAGAUGUUGUAGACAAAAGUAGAGGGGAUUUUCUCCGUAAAGGGAUUGUUGGGGACUGGAAAAAUAUGAUGACGGUGUCUCAAUGUGAGAGGUUUGAUAAGGUGUACAGAGAGAAGAUGGAAGAUCUGCCAAUCAAGUUUGUGUGGGAACUCAAUGAAAAACCUGCACCCUAGAGUUCUGUUGUCUACAAAACCUUAAAGAGUAACUGUCAUUUCCCCCCAAAAAUGUUACUGUAUGUUACUCAGUACCUGACCAUGCAUAUUAUAAUAUUUAUGUGUCUAGCACCUAUAUUUCUCUCACAAAUACCAUCUGUUGCUCACUUGCUUUGUCGUUCUGUGGUUUGGCGGAGCGGUUUAUUUUGAAAAGGAUGGUUGUAGGCAUGGAAAAUGUCUGGUAAGGUUUCUUCCAUUCUCUCUCUACCAGCUUCAUAAUGUUCUAAUCAAUAGGAAAGACCUUCCUUUUCCUAGGAGUAAGUCCCUAAACCAUUCUAUCCUGAGUGGUCUGUGGCUCUAUAUCCUCCACCCACCUUUACUAGAGGUUCCACUUCUGAUCCCUGACUUUCCAACACAAUCUGAUAACUUCUCCACUAACCACUCUCUUUCUUGUAAAAAA